AGCUGAUGGAUUAGCUGAGAUGAGCUGACAACUGCUGCUGCGAUGCUCUCUCUGUUAAUUGCCCUUGUCCCUACGCCUCCCUCCGUUCGUUCCCGCGCAUAUCUGUAUAAAAGCCUACCUAAUUCCCGCCAAAUCUUCCCCCGCUCGAUCUCAUCGAUCUCCACCACCUCACCUGCAAGUAAGCAACCCACCCACCCACACACACACACACUCGUACGGCGCUGUACUGUACGGUACGGAUCGGGCUAGGAGAUCGAGCAGCAAUGGCGCCUCUGUACUGCGGCGGCAGGGUGGCGGCGGCGGCGGUGCUCCUGGCGCUCCUCGUGGCGGUCGUGGCGCCGCCGGCGACGACGUGCGCGGACGCGGCGCGGGUGCUGCUCGGCGGCGAGCUGGCGGCGGCGGCGGCGGCGACGCGAGUAGAGGAGCAGGAUGUGAAGACGACGACGACGCAAGCAGCAGCAGCAGCUCCGCCGCCGCCGCCGUCGUUCGCGCGGUGGAGGACGGCCGCCGGCAAUGCUGCGGCGGCGAGGUUCCUCGGCUCCGUCCCGAGCCCUGGGAUCGGGCACUAGGUUUAGUAAUUAGUUUACCAGUUUAAUUAAUUAGAGUUCGAUCGAUCUCCAUUGAUGAUGAUUUCGUUGCUCUCGAGAAACACUCGAGGUUUUCCGGCUAGCUCUACAGUGGUGGUGCACAGUAACCCCCAAAUCCAAAAUUUCUUACUUAAGAACACGAAAAUGUGUAGUGCUGCAUUGAUUUUUUCUAAGGCUUUCAAUGGUAGUGCACAUCUUAGCUCUACAAAAUAAUGGGCUAGUUGGUCUGGGUUCGAAAUCUCGUCCGUUCUAUUUAUUCGAUAUUAGGUCUUUCCUUAAUAUUCGUGUUUCUUUUUUUUAUAUAUUUCGUUGCUUGAUUCGAUCCGGUUAAUUGAUUUUCUAGUUGCUCUCCCGUGUUGUUGGCUUGUUGCUUUUAAUAUUUUUCCUUUUUUUAAUUACUAGUUCUUCCAUUUCGCGCUUGAUCGAUCGAUCGGGUCGGGUGAGUGAGUGAUUGGAGGUUGAGUACGCUAGGAAGGCAAGUUUUUUGUAGGCGCGUCGAACGCUAGCUGCAACUUGUUGCGUGUGGUGGUCGCGUGCUCGUGUUGUUUUCUUCUGCUUGUAGUUUGUAGCUAGGCUUGUACUACAUGUAUAUAGCGAUCAAUUCCAUUCAUUUAUUUUACGUUGUUUUCGUUUCUCUAUCUGUACAUAUGACAUGUUGGAUCAUAUUAUUGCUGUUAUGUUCGUGGAUGGAUGGUUGGAAGAUGUUAAA